AUGUGUGACACUCGAAACGCCCGUGACGCCUGCACUCCAACUGGUCACAAGGAGGCCCGAGACCGCUGGACCAACCCCCGAGACCGCUGGACCAACCCCCGAGACCGCUGGACCAAACCCCCGAGACCGCUGGACCAAUCCCCGAGACCGCUGGACCAACCCCCGAGACCGCUGGACCAACCCCCGAGACCGCUGGACCAAACCCCCGAGACCGCUGGACCAACCCCCGAGACCGCUGGACCAACCCCCGAGACCGCUGGACCAAACUCCCGAGACCGCUGGACCAACCCCCGAGACCGCUGGACCAACCCCCGAGACCGCUGGACCAAACCCCCGAGACCUCUGGACCAAACCCCCGAGACCUCUGGACCAAACCCCCGAGACCGCUGGACCAAACUCCCGAGACCUCUGGACCAACCCCCGAGACCGCUGGACCAACCCCCGAGACCUCUGGACCAAAACCCCCGAGACCGCUGGACCAAACCCCCGAGACCUCUGGACCAACCCCCGAGACCGCUGACCAACCCCCGAGACCGCUGGACCAAACUCCCGAGACCGCUGGACCAAACCCCCGAGACCUCUGGACCAAACCCCCGAGACCGCUGGACCAAACCCCGAGACCACCGCUGGACCAAACCCCGAGACCGCUGGACCAAACCCCGAGACCGCUGGACCAAACCCCCGAGACCUCUGGACCAAACCCCGAGACCUCUGGACCAAACCCCCGAGACCUCUGGACCAAACCCCCGAGACCUCUGGACCAACCCCCGAGACCUCUGGACCAACCCCCGAGACCGCUGGACCAACCCCCGAGACCGCUGGACCAAACCCCCGAGACCGCUGGACCAACCCCCGAUCCCGGCCUCCAGCUUGCUGAGUUAG